UGGUUCACUGGAAUAAAAAUAAAUUCUUUAUUUUUUAAAAAAAUGGGAUGGGCAGGCCCCAGGCUGCCACCCACCUCUUCUCCUCGCCCGGCUGCCAGCUGCCUGCCUGGGCCUCGCCCUCCCUUUGGGAGGCAGCCUGGAUAUGUGUGUGUGUGUGUGUUUGUGUGUGUGUGUGCUGACAACCUCACUUCCCUGGGUGUGCGGAAAGCAGAACUGGGGGAAAUCACGUGGAACAGGGGAACGAAGGCAAACCGAUGGGACUCCCGGUGAAGGAGCAGCCCUGAAGGAGGUUCGGAUCUGAUUGUGCUUCCACGUGGACCCCUGCCAUGGGGCUGACUCAUAGUCUCUCGCCCCCGCUGUGUUUUGCAACGGCUCAAGCUCUCCCAAGGAUUUAGAGAAGCCAGUCCAUCAUUUCCUGACCGGAAUGACCUCCAACUCAGCCUAUGACUACCCCGAGCCCUACGCCAACCCCCGGCAAGGAGCUGAGCCCCUGCCCCAAAACAUUAGCCUCGUGGGACGACUGAGGCUUACCCAACCCAUUUGGCUUCAGUUGGGCAUCAAUUCAGCCACGGCCCUCCACAUCUUGCAACGGGAACCAGGAGGGACAUUUCUGGUGCGAAGAUCCAACACACGCCAGUGCCAGGUUCUCUGUCUCCGUCUUUUGAAUGAUUCAUCGCCUGCUUUUGUGACAACUUACCGUUUACACCAAGAAAGGGCAGCUAUUACACUGGAAGGAUCCGAUCGGAGUUUUCCCACACUUCUUCAUCUCGUUGCUUUUUACUGCUCGGUUCCGGACGUCCUGCCUCUUGCGUUACGUCUCCCGCAGCCGAUCUGGGAGGCUUCCACCUGCCAGGAGCUGGAAGCCAUUGCUCACCUGGGACUAGAAUUCUGGAAUUCCACUCUCAAUGCCAAGGGAUCAUCCAACCUGGGGUCUACAUCCGUAAGGGACGCAGCCUCUCCAGCCCUCCCCCUCAGUGACCCCCAGGGUCUGCAUGGGCCCCAGAUGGGUGGGGAACAGCCCACGCGAGCCCCUGGCCUUCCCCCUGCUUCUCCCGACAGCCCGUCCCUUGAAGACGUGAGCGUCCGACGCCAGUAUUUCAAGAACAACAUCAAGGUGCAGGUUUCCACCGAGGCUGCCAGCCCCCUGUCCCCGCCGGCUGCCCCGCCGCCUCCCAUUCCUGUUGGCCAGAAGAAGAAGCGGAAGAAGCAGACCCCUCCCCACCCAUCCCAGCCCACCGCCACUGAUGGGGAAAGCCAAUUUUCCAACUCAGAAUACUGCACAACCGGGAGGAAGGAUUCCUAAAACGCAGACGUAUUUGCUCGUUCAGCUCCCUUGGGUCAGCUGCUGUGCAUGAUGGGCCGAAAACAGGUGUGUGUGGGGGGGUGCCUGAUGGGGAACGUUGUCCCUGUUCCCCGUCCCCCCCCACAUUUGCUCAAGAUGGGGAAGAAACUGGGCCCCGCAGUCCAGAAUUACAUUUCCAGCCAGGGAUGGGCUUCAAAAAUUGUAGCAAGGGGUUCUCUACCUGGUUGCUGGGUGGGUGUGGCCAUGGUGGGCGUGGCCUAGUUGGUCUCCUGCACCAGGCUGGUGGGGGGGGGCGUUUUUGCCCUCCCCAGGCUCUGGAGGCUUUUGACUUCCCAACUGUGUUUGUUCUGUCUCCUUCCCCACUUCAGACCCACGAGCUGGCCUUCAGCCAGUGGAUUCACGGCUCUUAUCAGUCCUGGCAGAGAAAUCGCAGCUGCCUGCCAAAGUUCAAACAAAUGACUCACGUAGCAAGACUUUCAGCUCUUUGUGAAACGGUUCAGCUAAUUUUUGCUUCCCGUGGAACUGAGAGCAGUCCCAAAGCUCCUUAUAUAUCCUGUGGGGUGGGGCAGGAGCCCUUUGAUGACGCCGCCUCUUUAAUCUUCUGAAGCCCGGGUCAAUCCAAGCUUGAUUAUUAUUAUUAUCAGCUGGGUCUGAAGGCGUAGCCUGGGGAAGGGAGGAAUCAGGGGAUGAUGGCCUCAUUACAUCCUCCGACUGGCCUGGUUCUGGCUCCUGGAGCCGGGCCAAAGGAAUCAAUUCUCCUGAGGUAAGCCUUACCGGCCCUUCCCCCUCAAUCUCGGAGUCACUUUCGGGCAUGGGGCCAGGUUCGGGGACUGGAGUCACAACAGUGUUAUUCAUUUAACAACGGGAGGGAAUCCCUUCACAGCCGUGGCCAAAAAGGUCGUAGAAGGGGGCAAAAAUUUCACCGAACGGCUGUCCCACUUAGCAACAGAAAUGUUGAUCCUAAAUUGAGGACUACCUGUGCACGAAUCAGAACUGCUAAGAAGCGAUUUAUCAAUAUUAUUUUUUUUUUAAAUGAAUCAAAGCCGUUUUAUACAUUGAAAAAUCCUAGAAUUGCAGACUUGGGAGGAGCCCCAGAGGGCAUCUAGUCUGACCCCUUGCUCAGGGCAGUUUCUACAGCUAGAGCCUUCCAGCUUCCAUUUGAAACCUGGCAGGGCUGUCAGUUUGAAACAUAUACAUGCUGCUUUUGAGUUUUCCGGAGGGAAAACCGAAGACCAUUUGAAAACAUUUUCUUAACUCGUUUCUAACAACGGCAGCUCGUUUGUGUUGGACAAAGUGGGAUUCAAGAGGUAUAAUUUUAUGUUUUUAUAUAAGCUUAGGUCAAAUAAGGACAUUUAAAGAUGCAGUAUCUAGUUACCUGGUAGUGUUUUGUGUGUGUGUGUGUGUGUGUGUGUAUUUUUCCUUUCUCCACUUUCAGAAAAUAAAAACAAAUAUUGAUUGUUCUGUUUGACCUCUCAAUAUUUGAAGAGGUAAAAUGUUGCGCUGUGGUUUGAACGCUUUUACUACUCAGGUUUUACUAGUGUUAUUUGGCCUCUUGUCACUUUUUAUAAAUCUUGGGCGCAGCCUCUUCUGUGAAGAGCAGGCGUUUUUGAAACUUUUCAAAUAAAGAUCAUUACUAAAUGCA